AUGGGAAAGUCGGCGAUUUCCUACAUUUUUAAGCGCAAGGAACAAGCAGUUACACUGGGUACAAAAUCUUCCAUACGAGUUGAGGGUGAAAGAGAGCAUGUGGAUCCGCAACUACUAUUCCAACGGCUAGUAAUUGCCUGCAUGAACUUUGAUGACUUGGGAGAGAUCUUCAAACACGAAAUCUGCAGUUAUCUGGCUGCGCUGUUCGACACCCCAUUUACCUUGCGCGCGCCACAGAAGGCAACCCUUGCUGACACUGUUUGGGCGCAGCUAUCAGCUGAUCGAAAGUCAGGCCCAAAAGGCAGCCUCCAGUACGUCCUCGAUGGAGGUGCUCUCCUUCACCGGGUUUCAUGGCCACAGCAAGUAACAUACCAGGAAGUGUGCCGCCUGUACUGCCAGUACGUUCUAUGA